UGUGCUAUAAACAACCUCAGUGUCCCACACUGAAUAACUGCAGAGCACACUCAGGAGCUCUGGACACUUGUGCUCUUUAGUAGUAGGAGAAGCUUAAUGUCAACAAUAUGGGGCAUCAGGUGAUAAUAUUUGACUUUUCUGUCAUAAGAGGUCUCUGGGAAACUCGCGUUAAGAAGAACAAAGAACGUCAGAGGAAGGAGAAAGAAAGAUUAGAACAAAGUGCAUUGGAGAGGAUAAAACAGGAAUGGAAUUUGAUACUAGAGUGCCGUAAGAAAGGUAUUCCUCAAUCAAAAUAUCUCAAGAAUGGCUUUGUAGACAUCAAUGAGAAGAACCUGGACACUCAUGAAAAGGCUCCUCAGCUCAAAAAGAGUCAUGCCUUGUCAGAUGGAGUAAAUAAGGAACAAAACAAGUUUAUUUUUCAGCUUUCUGGAGAGCAGUGGACGGAACUCCCAGAUUCCCUGAAAGAACAGAUCUAUCUGAAAGAAUGGCAUGUAUACAACACAUUGAUACAAACCAUUCCAGCCUACAUUGCACUAUUUCAAGAUCUGAGAGUACUGGAAUUGUCAAAAAAUCAAAUCAACCAUCUUCCAGCAGAGAUUGGCUGCUUAAAAAACCUCAAAGUGCUCAAUGUGAGUUUCAAUAAUUUGAAGGCAGUUCCUCCAGAAUUGGGUGAUUGUGAGAAUCUAGAAAAACUGGAUUUGUCUGGAAACAUGGAAAUAACAGAGCUCCCAUUUGAACUAAGUAACCUGAAACAACUCACAUAUAUGGAUGUGUCAGCAAACAAGUUCCAUUCUAUUCCAAUUUGUGUACUCCGGAUGUCUAAUUUGCAGUGGUUGGAUAUUAGCAGCAACAGCCUGAAAGAUCUCCCAGAAGACAUAGACAGGUUAGAUGAAUUGCAGACACUUCUCCUACAGAAAAACAAGUUGACUUAUCUUCCACGAGCUCUUGUCAACAUGCCAAAGCUCAGUUUGCUAGUUGUCAGUGGUGAUGACCUGGUUGAGGUACCCACAGCCAUCUGUGAAUCAACCACAGGUUUAAAAUUUGUAAGUCUCAAGGACAGUCCGGUUGAAACAAUUGUAUGUGAAGACACUGAAGAAAUUAUAGAAAGUGAACGUGAACGUGAGCAAGUUGAGAAAGAGUUUAUGAAAGCAUACAUUGAAGACCUGAGGGAAAGGGAGUCUACUCCUUCCUACACUACAAAAGUAAUGCUCAGUCUCCAGCUCUGAAGAUUAAAAAUGUCUAUAUCUCUACUGAACAUCUGAAUAACUCUCCUUUUAUCCACCUGAAUAGUAAACACAUGAAAAUAUAGAUGGCCAGAAUGACAUCAAAAUCAUAUGGAAUUAUUUAUUUGUUUCUGUAGUCUUUUCAAGUAACUACAGAUAAAACAAGGAGCAGUAGAACUUCUUAAGAUGCUGUUUCACAUUUUUAGUCAACAUGUUUAUUUUCAAGUUCAGAGGAAUAGCCACUAAUUUGCAUGUUGACCUGCUGAAAGUAAAUAUACACUGCAAUUAAGUAUACACAGGCAUAGCUGAAGAAUGAAGACAUUGUAUAUUGUAGUUAAAACAGUGAAACACAAAACAUGCUCUUAGGAAGAGAUUUUAUUUUAUAAAAGGGGAUCGACUUAUUUAGAAAAUGAAUGUGAUCUGAUGUUUUCUUAAGACCAAACAUACAUAUAGGUAUUUACAAUAUUCAAAUGAGAAGACACCUGUAGUUUGCAUUUGCAUUCUAUACUGCAAGAAAAUUGUCCUUGGAAUUUUCAGUUUAGAUAAGUUUCAACAACUUUACACAUAGAAACAGUAGCACUCUCCUUUUUUUUUCCAAGCAUAUUUUAAGCUUUUACCUAUUUGCAAAUUCAAGUACCAAUGUGGUUGAAAUUUCUGUGCUAAGCAGUCUUACAUUAUAUAGCAUACUAAACAAGAUUUUAAGGCAUUAAGUGGUGUCAGCUAAUACUAUCAGCAAAAUGAUGAUGCAGAUCUUCUAUUAAUGGUUUCAGAUCACAGGAUUUCGUGGACAUUUCGAAUUUUCCAAGUUGUGUAAGAAUGAGUUUGCUGGUAAAACAUUAUUUUGCUUGUUAUUUAACAAUCUAUUUAUGUAUUAUUAUUUAAGUGUAGAGUUUCAGAAACCUAGUUUACAUGUCCUUUUUGU